CGUAUUUUCUUUUCCCUUUCUCUCUACCUCUGCUUAGAUCCUUUCGAAAUUAAACUACAUCGACUCCAUCCCCAGCCCGUACCUUUCCGUGGCGUGUUGCUGAAGGGGCUUCUUGUUACAUCCUGCGCAGGUUUUUUGGGGGGGAAGGGACCACCCCCUCCACUCCCCUCCAUUGCAAGCGGUACUGGCUGCAGUCGAGAUCGGGGGGUUUACGAUUUUAUUUAUUUAUUUAUUUAUUUAUUUAUUUAUUUAUUUAUUUAUGUUUCGUUUCCAUUUGUUUCCACCCGCAGCAGUUGCAAGGUAGGUAAUCGCAGUCAUCCUCUUGCCUUCUCUAAACUAGCGAAUGAGGUCCGGGAGGUCAUGAGCCAGCAUUCAGCCUGCUUUUGGGUGUGCCUAAGGCACUGAGAAAGCAGACCCUGCCCCGUCAGCUUGUAACGCACUGCUGUGCAGCACUCUCCUUGCAUCCGUAGCAGCCAUGGCGAGCAAAAGGAAAUCCACUACGCCAUGUAUGAUUCCACUCAAAACCAUGAACCUGCACGAGGACCACGAGCCAGAUGCCGAGGAACCCAACAGCAGACCCCAGUCUCCACUGGACCUCUUCCUUCCUGGAGACGAGGGGGGCCUGGACAUCCAGGAAGGCGGUGAGUCAUCUGGAGAGGGGAGCGAACUGCACAGAGGAGAGGGCACCUUCGCAUGCCAGCCCUGUUACUUUGACUCCCAAGAUCUCAAUCUCUUCCUGGAUCACAUGUACUCCCAGCACCCUGACUUCCGAGUAGAGCCCAGCUUCUUGUGUCUGGACUGCAGAUUGUCCACCAAGAGCUAUGAAAGCCUGGCCUUGCACAAUGCCCGGGUGCACCCCAACCUGGGAGCAAGGGGUGGUUCCUCAGAAGGUAUGGCCUGGCAGGUGGGCAGGAAAGAUGGGCGGACGGUUGUGGAGCAGAGCCUGGUAACGACUGACGGCUUGGAGGGAGGGAGGGAGUCGGAGAUAUCGAUCACUAAGACUCCAAUCAUGAAGAUGCUAAAAGGGAAGUCAGAAUCUAAGAGGAUCGUGGUGUCCCAUUCAGGAGAUGAGCCUGAUGCCAGCAGCCGCAGCAGAGAACCUGAGAAGAAGAAGGAAAUUGUGGUAACAACAGCAGCGACAACGGUUGUUCCUAAUGGAGCUGCCUCCAAGGUUUCCCAUCCGACAAUGGUGCACAUAGUCAACAGUUCAAGUACAAUACCAGUCUUGAAGACAGCCAUCACACAAGUAGUAUCUGUACUCCAGAACCGGAGCCUUCAGCAGCAGGCACCUACGGUGUCAAAGUCUUCAAGUCACCUCCCCAAAGUUAUGAUCCCACUGAGUAGCAUUCCUACUUACAACGCCGCAAUGGAUACCAACUGUUUCCUCAAGGCCUCCUUCAGUAAGUUCUCCUACCCCACAAAGGCCGAGCUUUGCUACUUGACGGUGGUCACCAAGUACAGAGAGGAGCAGAUCAAGAUCUGGUUCACAGCCCAGAGGCUCAAGCAAGGCAUCAGCUGGUCUCCAGAGGAAAUCGAGGAUGCCCGCAGGAAGAUGUUCAGCACCAUCAUCCAGUCGUCCCCCAGACAGUCCCAGCAGCAGCAGACCAUCACUGUUUUGCCUGCUUCUCUGGGCUCCAAUGGCAUGCACCACAUCCUCCAGGGCAGCUUGCUGGGGCAAACAGGGGUGAUUGUCACUCAGCCUGUAAUGGCAAAUGGCAUCCAGGUCAGCAGAUCUCCCAUGGCCCUGGCCGUCACCCCAAAGCCUCAGAUGGCGACCAGACCUCAAAUGGCAGUCAGGCCUACUGCCGCCCUUGUGGCUGAUAAAGGAGCAACCAUGAUUGUUAGUACCCCCAGUAGCAUCAACAGCAGCAGCAGCAGCAGCAGCAUCAACAGUAGCAGCAGCAGCAGCAGCAUCAAAGUGGAGGGAUCAUUGCCUCCCAUUGUGAAUGUCACCCCCAGCACCCGUACCCUCCCCAGCAGCAUUCUGGACCCCAGCUUCUAUAAGAACAAGAAAUCGCAGGAGCAGCUGACAGCCCUCAAGCAGAGCUUCUUCCGCAACCAGUUCCCCCAGCAGGAGGAGGUGGAGCGGCUCACCAGAAUCACAGGGCUGUCCACCCGCGAGGUGCGCAAGUGGUUCAGUGACCGACGCUACCAUUACCGCAACCUGAAGGGCACACGUUCCUUCAUGGGGAGUGUGAUCAGCGGGGGUGUUGGAGGAGCCUCCCUACUGGACAGUGUGGAUAGCUCCCCCUCUUUAGCAAGCCUCUCCCCUCAGCAGCAUCACCACAACACCCACCACCACCAGCAGCAGCAGCAGCAGCAGCAGCAAGCACCAUCCACUCCUUCCCGACGGACAACCUGGCACCAGACUCCAGAUUUUACAGCCAUCCGCUACAAGGAACGGGACCCGCAGCAGGUGCGUACCCUGGAAGCCAGCUUCAUUGCAAACCCUGAACCCUCUGGAGAUGAAGUGGACAGGCUACGUGCCGAGACUAAGAUGACCCGCCGGGAGAUCGAUGGCUGGUUCUCAGAGCGCCGGAAGAAAGCUGCUGCUGAUAAGGAGAAGCAAGAGAAGGAGGAAGAGGAGGAGGCGGAGGAAAACUACAGAGAGGAGGAGUCCUCUGGAGAAAAGGCAAGGGCUCAGAGACGAGAGGGAGAUGACAGGCAGAAGGAGUCAUCUGCAACCGAGCUCAAGGUCAGCCCCAUCAAGAUCAACCUAAAGAUGCUGAAGGUGACAGAGUCCGUCAAUGGCAAGCAUGGCCCUCAGACCACGCAGGUCAGCCCACCUGCACAAACAGAAAGCCCCAAGGUAUCCCCAGCCAUGUCUCCCCGCAGUAAGAAGACCCCAGAGCAGCUCCAUGUACUCAAGCAGCUCUUUGCCCGCACACAGUGGCCCUCCAAUGUUCAGUACGACCAGCUAUCUUCCCAGACUGGCCUCCUUCGGUCGGAGGUGGUUCGCUGGUUUGGGGACAGCCGCUAUGUCUACAAGAAUGGGCAGCUGAGGUGGCUAGAAGAGUAUCAGCGGCUAGCUGAUGAGCAGGAGAAGGGGGACAUAGGAGCACUGGAGGAUGACCAGACCAUCCCUAAGACACUGCAGGAGAAGGAGCUAGUGGAAACGAGCAGGCUUAAAGAAGAAGAGGUCCAGGGAUGGUCCUCCAAGCACACCACUGAAGAGGGGGAAGCUAAAGGAAGUGUUGAGGAGACUGCAGAUGGAAAGGGGGUCCAGAAGCCGAGGGAUGAGGACGAGAGGUCAGAGAACUCUGAGAACAGUGGAGGUGGCUGUGAGUUGGAGACCUCAAAGGAAGAAAGAACAUCACAGGAACCUGAACUAUCAAAUUCUCUGAGCUCGGCUUCAAUCAAGUUAGAAGCAGACUGACAAUCGCGGACUCAGAGUGGUGGUUCAACAACAAUAAGACUUUGGGAUUGUAGGUCGGGACUGUGUGUGACUGCUGAGGAAUCGGAGAGGGGACUGGACUGUGCCUUAGGAGGGGCACUGUAAGCCCCCAGCAGUGCCAGAGGGACCAGGACAGGGCACCAACUAGGCCGGCAGAAUGAACCAGAUUGCUGUCUGUUCAUUUAGUCUGGGUGAGAGGGACAGGCUUCCCCUGACUACAUCUGGAGAUAAAUAAAAAGGAACAAAACUGUUGCAAGAUUGAUCAAGCUUGUCUUUGCAAAUCCACAGAAUUUGCAAAUGUGGAUUGACUGACCGACAUUUUUAUUUUGUUAUUGUUUUUUUAAAAUGAUGUUUUUAAUGAUGGGGUGAGGGGAGUUAUGCAUUGAUCACUUUUAAAUGUAUCGCACAGAGGACUUUGAGAAAGUGGACUGGGAGAUUUGAUUUCCCAGGUCUGACGUAGCAUUGGAUUUUUUCCAUCAUUUAGACCGUUUUACAUUUGACUAAUCCUCAUCUUAAUAAAAGACGAAGAAACUGUUUUCACCAGAGACGUGGAAAAUAAACAGAAGUACAUACCAAGGGCUCUGGGUUGUUGUGUUUUGUUUCCAUAUCAGUGUCUCCCUCCGGUAUGUAAGUGUAACUCCUUUGAAAAUAAUUAGCAAUGCCUGCAAACAUUAAGUACACCUACCCCUCAUUAUAUCGCCCCUCGCUAUACUGCGGAUUCAGAUAUAUCACGGUCCUGGAGUUGGCUCCCUAUUUUUAAUGUCUAACUGCUUAUGCCCUAGCUGCAAUAUACAUAGGCACUUAGAAUUACUGUUCGUUUUAUUUCGUUCUGCACAUCACAAACAACAACAUACAAAGCAAUUAAAAACAAAGCAUUAAUAUCGUACUGUUAUCAUAUACACACGUAUAGAAUUAUAACACAAAGCAAAUUAAAUAUCUACUUGCUGAAGCGGUUUUUAUUUUAGCCAAAGAGGUGUUCACGUGUGGCAGCAACGCACUAGUAGUGACGUCAGCUCCCUAGCAACAAGCCUCCUGUGUUGGGAAUGGAUUCUUUCAAUGCAGCGGGUUUGUGCAUUUGAGAAUGCAGAGGGAGACUCAUGAAAUUAAUUGGAGACUGAAGUUGAUGAGAAGCAAUUACCCUCCUCUGUACGAAUUAAAACGGUGCGCUGCUUUUUAUAUGAAAAAUGAGAAAAAGCGGGUUGCGUAUAUUUAUACUGACCCUGACGCCCCCGAUAAAAUGAGGGCGUGGUUGUACAGUAUUUGUUAACCUAUUUGUUUUUGUAUGGGUCUCUCGCUAUAUCACGGCCCUCCACAUAUAUAGGAUUUAUAUUGGACCCCGACACCCGUGAUAUAUUGACUGGGUGGUGUAUAUUAAUUUACAUUGUGAGUGGUUCACUGUGAAAUUUGGCCUGUUUCUGCUGUGUGUCAUAUUUUCAAUACACUAGAUAAGCUGCUUAAUGUUUUCAUAAGAACUGAUGCCACUGGCAGUUUUUUUUUUUGUUUGUGUUUUACAUCUUUAAGUAAACUGAUCUGUGUGCUGUAAAAUGAAGGAAUAAAUAGACCUACUGUUUUAA